AUGGAUACCGUCAGCACACAGAAAAGUCCAACACUUCCUAAAGACACAGAUCAUCCGGGCGAAGUGAAUGGGCCUGAUUUCUACACCAAACAGGAAUAUCCUCUGCAAAACGAGUUUGCAAAUGAAGAAAAUCACCUGGAGGAAUCAAAUCCCAAUUCUAUCAUGGCAUCUGAAACCAAGUCUAUCGAAAGAGUAGCCUCAGCCCAAGAUGAUAGCGAUACAACCACAGAAGUGAUUCGAAGAGAAUCGAUUACAGAAUUUCCGGCAAUGAGAGGAAUAGCUCCUAUGCAACCAAUAAGUGAGCGCAACGAACCGGGGCAAGCGAUAGCCAAAGAUGCUAAAAGUGCGUUGAGCUUGAGACUUGAUCUAAACCUUGACAUUGAGAUCGAGUUAAAAGCCAAGAUACGCGGAGAUCUGACGUUAAGUCUUCUGUUAGUCCUUCAUCAUCAUUACCAUACUUUGGGAAGCAUGAAGCUCAUAAUAUACAGGACCUGA